GCAUCUAUUUCUGUCUACUGCCAGCAGCCACACAGAACCAUCGUCAUUCUCCACUGCCAUGGCGUCUGUGUGCUGUUCCUGAAUGUUUCUCUACCAACGAUACCUUUAUUUGUCGACGACAUCGGGAUUAUCAGCUUCUGGAGACACACAGAUAAACAAACAGGAAUCACCACUAGACUGACGCGGGAAGUGCAACCCGUGAAGCUCACAUUCAAGUCUUAAGCUCGAAAACAAUAUGGAGCCAUAUGGAGUUCCUAAAGCAGAAGAGCCUGAUUACAGACCUCCAGGACCUAAACAGAAGCCUCUCUUCAUCUGCAAGCUCAUGGCUUCACACCCCAUGACAUUUUUCGGUGCAACCCUGGGGUUUCAUCUCUCCUUCGUCAUUGUGUCUAUCCUUCUCGUUUACUCUGGCUACAAUCUGUUCCCGUUCAACUUCAGCACCAUCCCCAUGGAACUGCGCAAGGAGCCGUGGCUGGGGAGGUUCAUAGCUUGGGAAAGUCGUAAACUAUACAACAAAAAGGUAACACGAGUGCUACCUGAGCUUCAGCAUUUUCCAAGGCUACGAUUUGGGAGUGUUGGAGGAUUAACUUUGAUCUACAAUGCCCACGGAGGGAAUAUAUAUACGAAAGAGCACCUUCGUAUCAUUAAAACCAUCGAAGAUCGUUUGUUCAAUUUUCCCGAGUUUACUGAAAAGUACUGUGAGCUCACGAAAGAACAUACCUGCGUCAAGCCCGUCUCCAUUCUUCGCUUUUUUGACGGCACCUACUCUCACAUCAGUCCUGUCUUCAAUGACCCUAACUUUGACAAUAUCACUGCUGUUGUGUAUGCUGCUUACAAUAUGUCGGCUACCAAUCACGACUUCCUCCAGGGCCUGGGGAAGAAUCACGUCCUCACUCCCACGCAGGUGCAGUCGAGUCUCGCCAAGUCCUACAUUCCUUUCGGGUGGCCCAUGGAAGGUUUAGACAAGUGGGACAAAUCAGGAGCAAGAGAGAAGCAUGCAGAGUUCAUGUACCAUAAUUUCGUGCCAUUGCUGGAUGACUACGCAGCUAAAGUGCACGAGUUCGAAGUGCUUUACUUUAAUGUGCAGUUGGAGAUUCACGAGGUACGGAUCCAGGCGAUAAAGGACUUAAAAUUGGCUGGGGGCAGCCUCAUUUUCAUCUUUUUGUACGUUCUUUUUCACACCCGUACCCUCUGGGUCACCUCCCUGGGCGUCUUCAGUAUUGUCUGCAGCUUUGUAGAGACCAAUCUCAUCUACCGCGUCAUCCUGGGCUUCCGCUACUUCGGAAUUUUUCAUGCUAUUGCCUUAUUUAUCAUCCUUGGUAUCGGCACCGACGAUUUCUUUGUGUUCUGGGACUGUUGGCUUGAAGCUGGACACUACGCCUUUCCCAGUCUUGCUCACCGCUUGAACGAGGCGUAUUAUAAGUCAGCCGUCUCCAUGCUUGUGACGUCUUUCAGCACCAUGAUAGCUUUUGCCGCCAACUGCACGUCCCCGCUGCUAGCCACCUACUCCUUCGGUAUCUUCGCCGCCAUCUUGAUCGUCCUUGAUUACCUCUCAGCCAUCACCUUUUUCGUCUCCACCGUGGUGAGCUACCACGUUUGUUUUGAGAGUUGGCCCUCUCUAUUUUCCAUUAUCGUGCUCGUCAUAAGGCGCGUCUUGCGUCGCCCAGAACAGGACGCGGAUCCGGAGGAAGACUCCACCACCACUCCGGAUACCAUGCCCGACACCAUCCAGACGACAGGCUUCAUUCCUUCAGAAGCUCCUCGCAGAGAAUCGGUAGGAGAGGCCAGUUUCUCUUGCGUCGAUCCACCCGACAUAAAGCUAAGUUCUUCGGUCGACCCUGAAUGUUUACCGACAUCAGAAACUGUUAUGCAAGAAGAAAAUAUUAAAGAGCCCAUGAAACCUAUUGCCAAAAAGCAAAGACCAAAAAGCAUUUUGACUCUAGUGAACUUUUUCAGCGAGGAUUAUUUUUGGUUCAUCACUCACCCUGUCUUCCGAUGGAUACUGUUGGCAAUUUUUACUAUUUUUAUCUUGCUUUUAUCCUACUCUGCGACGACCUUGGACCUGGACAGCAAAAGGCUCCAGUUUUUUAGGGACGACCACAAGUACGUGAAAGCAGCCAAUCUGCUCUUCGAGGGCUUCGUACCCUCGGACACUGACUACAAACUGAUGGUGUAUCUUGUCUGGGGGGUGAAGCAGAAUGAUUUGACUCAAUGCCACUUUUCAUCAGAGGGUUGCCAAGGAGUAGGAGGCUAUGACCACAACUUUGACGCCAGCAAGCCUGCAUCACAGAAAGCUUUUUCAGACCUGUGCAAAACUUUGAAAGAACUGCCACAAGAAAGGGUGGAAUCCUUAGCGAUUUUGAGGAAGAUAACUACAAACGAACUGGCAAUUGAUUGCUUCACCACAAACAUGGAAAAAUUCCUUAUGAAUGACAACGCUUCUGCAAAUCUUGACAUCACCUUGCCAUGGGACUGGAAUAAAACGCACGAUUUCAUGGCACGACACACCACGUUCUACGAUGUCUCUAAACUUCAGAAGAGUUUUGAGGACUACCUGGAUAUCCCCUUCACAUACUGGUUGUGGAAUGCCUUCCGUUACGAGAAAAGCGAUGAGUGGGAUACAUUCGAUUUCUUGAUUGGUGAGCAGUUGACCGAUUCAUCAAUGACAGUGCUGGGAAUAAAUUAUACCGUUGUUGUGGCAAACAGAAUCAGAUACAUUGGAGUGGCUGUCACAACGACUCUCGUGUUUGAGACUCUUGGGUACACCUCGCACCUCUCUAUUGUAGAGGAAUGGGAGCGGUUUAUGAAAGAGCAGCUGUCAAAGAUGCCAAAAUACCUGCAAGGCGGAUUCCAGCAGACCCUAGCAUGGCACUGGUUACACCUGCAAAAGUCCAUGGUGGAGAACGCUGUCUUUGGAAUUCUUGUGGGAGUAUCCUUUGCACUCCCAGUUCUCAUCCUGUCCACAUCCAACCUGAUCAGUGGAACUAUCGCCACGUUCAUCAUCGCUACCAUCACAGUCUGCGUCAUCGGUGUCAUCCCUUUGAUGGGCUGGACCAUGGGGGUGCUGGUGUCCUUAAACAUGUGUCUCGUGGUGGGGCUCUCAGUGGACUACGUCGUACACCUGGCGGAAGGAUAUUGCAUGUCACCUGAACACGACCGUCUUGGUCGUCUGCAAGAUGCUCUGCGGUCUAUGGGCUUGCCAGUCUUCUCUGGAGCCUGUACUACACUAGGAGCCUCCUGCUUCACGUUCUUCGCGCAGAUACAAUUUUUCUUUCAGUUUGGGGUCUUCAUGUUCUGCACCAUUGGAUUUUCGCUGGUGUUUUCCUUGGGCUUGUUCACUACACUGAUGGGCAUCAUUGGACCGGAGGGGGACACUGCAAACAUCAAGACGCUGUUCUAUCGUUAUUUGUGUUUCCUUAUCCCCCGUCACCGAAGCAGAUCCUCUUCAGUUAUUUCAACUAAUAUAGCAGAACGAGGCGUCACAGCUCCUCAGUAACACAAUCUUUGACAAGACUAAUAUGCUGGAGGACCCGCAGGAUACGAGGCUUGCUCCCGACAGGACACAGGGGAAACAAGAGCGAGAUCUCAACAUCCAAGAUCAGAAAGUGCAAUUCAUAGCAUGUAAUAUCACGAAGUUACAGAAAAGUGAUUAUAUGAACAAAGACUUGUAGUUUUAUGAUGUUAUCCCGAAUCUGAAAUUUCGUAAACUAUCCUUCUGAGUUUAUCUCAGGUAUUGAAAUUAUUUAUUAUUUCAUGAGCUGAUGUUCCUUGGUUGACCACAUUAAAGAUUCAAUUCAAUUGCAUAACAUUGUGUCCAGCAACUAUGUUAUUAUAGAAUACAGUGCAAUGCAACUUAUA